AUGUCUGAUGCUCGAUUAGUCCCUGGUUGCGUCAUCGGAGGCCUCUGGACGCUCGGUAGGAGGAUUGGCAAUGGCAGCUUUGGGGAGAUAUACAUCGGCAGGGACAUUGAAACGGGAAGGGAAGCUGCAAUGAAAUUCGAGUCGUGUAAGGCGAAGCAUCCGCAAUUGGCAUACGAGGCGAAGCUGUUACGUCGUUUGCAAGGCGGCGAGGGUAUUGCGCAGUUGUAUUACAGCGGCGUGGUGGAGGUGAUGGUGUGUCGUGUGGUUAAUGGGCCUUUAACAAAGGAAUGUUUUACUGUGAUGGUGACGGAAUUAUUGGGUCCAUCAUUGGAGGAUUUAUUUUGUCUAUGCGAUAGGAGUUUUAGUUUGCACACAUUGUUAAGUUUAAUGGAACAGAUGUUGCGACGGAUCGAGUUUUUGCACCGGAACUUGUUCAUUCAUCGGGAUAUAAAACCGGAGAAUUUCCUACUGGGUCGGAAUGAGAAGAGUAAGGUGUUAUACAUGAUCGAUUUUGGUUUGGCAAAGCGUUAUCAAGAUCCUCGCACAGGUGAACACAUCCCAUACCGCGAAGAUAAAAGUCUGACAGGGACGGCUCGUUAUGCCAGCAUCAAUGCACAUCUGGGUAUUGAACAGAGUCGCCGAGAUGACCUGGAAGCGGCGGGUUAUGUUAUGCUCUAUUUCGCGCGCAAUGGUAUGCUGCCUUGGCAAGGUCUCAAGGCCUCUAAAAAACAGGAGAAAUACUCACUCAUCAUGGAACGGAAACUAGCUACACCUGUCGAAGUACUUUGUCAAGACCAACCACGAGAAUUCAUCCAAUACCUCAGAUACUGCCACUCUCUCAGAUUCACAGACGAACCUGACUACCCACACUUACGCCGUCUGUUACAACUCGUGCGCAUGCAACACCGAACCACCGCCACCAGCGGACACAGCUCCGCACUUACCGCCACCAGUGCUGGAGCUCUCGCUGACUCACCCGCAGACUGGAAUUGCGCACGAACUACCACUGGGAAGAAAAUACGCAAAAGAGAAAAAACUGACGUCGUCCCCUUCGCCUCACUCCUCUCCAAGGACCACAGCCCAUACAGACCCCGAGGCAGCACUCAACAACUCCGAGGCAGCGCCGUCCGAGAAGAGUGA